GGGGGCGGCCCUGGAGGCAGUUGCUGGCGAGUCUGGGAGGCCAGGGAACCUUUUACCUCUGCAGUCGCAUUCCCUUGGGAGUCUGUCGUUGCAGCUCUGUCUCAAGCCCGCCAAUAGCCCCACAGGCUCUUGUGUGCGCCCGACCGCGCAGUCGUUCAUCACUUGCCUUGUGGACCGAGCCUUCUGCAUCAUGUGUGGAGAGAGGGCCGAGGGAACAGAGGUGUGGACGGGGUGUCUUCACAAGAGUCCACCGGAUGAAUGAGGCAACCUGCGGAACAUCAGGUAUAUUUGCUUACUUAAACUACCAUGUCCCUCGAACAAGAAGAGAAAUCUUGGAGACCCUAAUCAAAGGCCUGCAGAGAUUGGAGUACAGAGGAUAUGAUUCUGCUGGUGUGGGAGUGGAUGGAGGGAAUGACAAAGAUUGGGAAGCCAAUGCCUGCAAGAUCCAGCUCAUUAAGAAGAAAGGGAAAGUGAAAGCACUGGAUGAAGAAGUUCACAAACAACAGGAUAUGGACUUGGAUAUUGAAUUUGAUGUACACCUUGGAAUAGCUCAUACCCGCUGGGCAACACAUGGUGAACCCAGUCCUGUCAAUAGCCACCCCCAGCGCUCCGAUAAAAACAAUGAAUUUAUUGUUAUUCACAAUGGAAUCAUCACCAACUACAAAGACUUGAAAAAAUUUUUGGAAAGCAAGGGCUAUGACUUUGAGUCUGAAACAGACACAGAGACAAUUGCCAAGCUGGUUAAGUACAUGUAUGACAAUCGGGAAAGUCAAGACACCAGUUUUACUACCUUGGUGGAGAGAGUUAUCCAACAAUUGGAAGGUGCUUUUGCACUUGUAUUUAAAAGUGUUCAUUUUCCUGGCCAAGCUGUUGGCACAAGACGCGGUAGCCCUCUGUUGAUUGGUGUACGAAGUGAACAUAAACUCUCUACUGAUCACAUUCCAAUACUUUACAGAACAGGCAAAGAUAAGAAAGGAAGCUGCAAUCUCUCUCGUGUGGACAGCACAACUUGCCUUUUCCCUGUUGAAGAGAAAGCGGUGGAGUAUUACUUUGCUUCUGACGCAAGUGCUGUGAUAGAACACACCAAUCGCGUCAUCUUUCUUGAGGACGAUGAUGUAGCAGCAGUGGUGGAUGGCCGUCUUUCUAUCCAUCGAAUUAAACGAACUGCAGGCGAUCACCCUGGAAGAGCUGUGCAGACACUGCAGAUGGAACUCCAGCAGAUCAUGAAGGGCAAUUUCAGUUCAUUUAUGCAGAAGGAAAUUUUCGAGCAGCCAGAGUCCGUUGUGAACACAAUGAGAGGAAGAGUCAACUUUGAUGACUAUACUGUGAAUUUGGGAGGUUUGAAGGAUCACAUUAAAGAGAUCCAGCGCUGCCGGCGUCUGAUUCUCAUUGCUUGUGGAACAAGUUACCAUGCUGGUGUAGCAACACGUCAAGUUCUUGAAGAGCUGACUGAGUUGCCUGUUAUGGUGGAGCUAGCUAGUGAUUUCCUGGAUAGAAACACACCAGUUUUUCGAGACGACGUUUGCUUUUUUAUUAGCCAGUCAGGUGAGACAGCAGACACCCUGAUGGCCCUUCGCUACUGUAAGGAGAGAGGAGCGUUGACCGUGGGCAUCACAAACACCGUUGGCAGCUCCAUAUCAAGGGAGACAGACUGUGGGGUCCACAUUAAUGCCGGGCCCGAGAUUGGCGUGGCCAGCACAAAGGCUUACACCAGCCAGUUUGUGUCCCUCGUGAUGUUCGCCCUUAUGAUGUGUGAUGACAGGAUCUCCAUGCAAGAGAGACGCAAAGAGAUCAUGCUGGGGCUGAAGCGGCUGCCCGAUUUGAUUAAGGAAGUGCUGAGCAUGGAUGAUGAAAUUCAGAAACUGGCAACAGAACUUUAUCAUCAGAAGUCGGUCUUGAUAAUGGGACGUGGCUAUCAUUAUGCUACUUGUCUUGAAGGGGCACUAAAAAUCAAAGAAAUCACUUAUAUGCACUCCGAAGGCAUCCUCGCUGGUGAGUUGAAGCAUGGCCCUCUGGCUUUGGUGGAUAAGUUGAUGCCUGUCAUCAUGAUCAUCAUGAGAGACCACACUUACGCCAAGUGUCAGAAUGCCCUUCAGCAGGUGGUUGCUAGGCAGGGACGCCCAGUGGUGAUUUGUGAUAAGGAAGACACCGAGACCAUUAAGAACACAAAAAGGACAAUCAAGGUGCCCCACUCAGUGGACUGUUUGCAGGGCAUUCUCAGCGUGAUCCCCUUGCAGUUGCUGGCUUUCCACCUGGCUGUGCUGAGAGGCUAUGAUGUUGAUUUUCCCCGGAAUCUUGCCAAAUCUGUAACAGUGGAAUGAAGAGCAUCAGAAAUUCUGGGCGAUUAAGCAACACAAGACACCUUUUGUAUUUAAAACCUUGAUUUAAAAUAUCACUCCUUUAAACCUUUUUUUAGUAAAUCCUUAUUUAUAUAUCAGUUAUAUUAUGCAAUUCAAUUUGUGAUUUUUGUGAAAUUACCUCAUUUUUCCAGUAAUUUGUGGGGGAGUUUGAAAAUGGAAUCUACAUUCAAAUCCACAUCGGAAACAGAUUUAGCUUCCAUUUUCCUUAAAGGGUGCUGGGUGUUGGGUGUCCGGACCCUCUUCUUCAAUCUGAGAGGAUUGUGUGUUUUGGAAGUGAUUGGCGGUUAUUGGAAGAUCUGAAGCCAGUGGCAACAUAGAUGCACAGUCGAUUAAGGUUUUGCUAAGUUAUGUAUAAAGAGAAGAUACUGUGAUUUAUUUUCAGAUUUGUUUGUGUACUUAAAAACUAAAAGCUUUUCUUGGUGGCAUUUCUACUAGCCUAAGUUAACUUUAGUCUCUCAAAUUUGUUGUUUGUUAUCUGUAGGUCAAAGUAGUUUAGGAAGCUAAAUAGUAUAUUGGUGCAUUGGUUUUCUCCAGCCGUUAACAGAAAAUAUUUGUACAAUUUAAUAGCACAAACUUUAAGUUUGAGCUGCUUCAGACAACUGACAACAUGAUCUUGAAUUUGAAGGUGGAAUGUAUGCAUAUUGGAUAUCCAACUCUGUGUUUUCAUCUCCUAUAACUGGUUAUUCCCUUGUAUUUGUAGUUUUUUAAAAAUCAAUCUGCUGAAUGACCUUCUAUCUUGUUCUUGAAAUUACCACACAGAGUUGUCAUCAAAUGUCUCAAAUUAAAUCAAUAUUGAUAUAGUCAGAAUCCUCUUCAUUUUUGUCCCAAAGACUUUCCUGCAGUUAAUUUAACUUCCCUUCACUGCCUUGUAUAAAACUAUUGUCUUCAUGUGAGUUUAGAAGCUCUUUUAUAUUGUUUGAAAGAUUUGCGAGUCUUUUGACUAAUCAUUGGACUCUCUAGGUGGGCCAGACUUAGAAAAAGGUACAUGCUUUACACUGAAAUUGAUGAAGGAUUGCAUCAAUUCAGUACAGACAUACCUUGGGGCUAUUGCAGGCGUGGUUCCAGGCCACUGUAACAAAGCGAAGUAUCGCAGUAGAGCAGGUCGUAAUCUUUUCACUGAUGGAGGGUCUCACCUUCAGUUUGUAAAAAACGCAGCAUCUGUGAAGCACAAUACAGUGAAGCACAUUACAGUGAGGAAUCCCUGUAUUACUUCCAAGGUAUUUUUCUCUGUAUUUUCUGUGUUCUACCCCUGCAAUUUAUUUAGGGAUGAAAAAGUUAUAAAUAAAGUGAUGUUGAGGUGCUUUAGCUGGGUAGUGUCAAAAAUGGAAAUUAACAAUCUAAAUUAAAAUAUUUAGACCAUGAGUUUCCACUCAAAAAGUUGUAAUUUCUUCACAGGACUUUUUUGGCCAGAUCUCGGGGGUUAUAGGACAGUGUAUUUAUGUUUUGAUCAAAUCCUCUUUCAAAAGCUUUCACUUUAAAAUUGUGAAGAUAAGCUAUUUAGCAUAAUUAUGUAAGCUCAGUGUUUUCCUUUUUCUGUGUUUGAACUUCUUGAUGAGGUUAAGAUUUUUUGACAGCUGUUCCUACAGGAGAAUCAUAGAAUUCUGCUUGUGUCUGAGAGAAAGAAUUGGCACGUUUGAGGUAAUUUGAGAGGGUUCUCAUUGAUGGUGACUAGAAGCCUGAUUGUUUUUAAAAAUAAGAUAGGGUUAUUUUUUGCAUCAUAUGCAUAGCUCCUAUAGCUGUAUUUACCUAUUUUAAUUGUUUCUAAGAUUAUUGUGUAGGCUUGUUAGUUUUGAUACGCAUACAGUGCCAUUUGUUAUGCUUGUUUUAUUAGCAUUUACACUCCUGAUUUGUAUGGGUUUUUAGCAUUUCUUGAUUGGAAUACAAUAUCUAGUGUAUCAAAUUUAUCUAAGGAACAGCAAAGGUUUCCAGACUCUCAAGUUUAGAGAGCCAAGAUUCAGAGAUUACCAACACAGAUUUCACAAUGUUAAGAAAAACAAAAUUUAACUGAGUAAAUUUGAAGAUCUAACUGGCUUUAUUUACGCAGUUAAUGCGUUGAGCAGCGUCCCACCUGUCAGUGUGUGUCCUGUGGCGUUUCUUACAGACCUGCCAGUUGGAGCCGGCCUUCUACAGGGAAAUACGUGAGGUCCGUCAGGAGUUUGCAGUCUCUCUCCCUCCCACCCUGCGCUCGCGCGCUCUCUCUCUCUCUCUCCUUAGUGCACACACACACACACACACACACACACACACACACUUUUCAAAACAGGGUAAGUUCUAAACCAAAUAUCAAAAGCUAAUAGUAAGAAAAAAAGAAGUGAUAUUUUCCAACAGGAGGUUUUUCCUCCUCAUUCCUUCUUCUUGCUUCCUAACCCAUCUAAUGUAGUGAUUUUUAAAAUCUUUUAGGAGUUAUAAACACAAAAAAGAUACUGUAGUGAGGCAAACCAGUACUUAGUGUGCAUGCCUAGUUAAAACCAAUAUAAUGCAAGAUAAGAAAAUCUGAUUUUCACUCUGGCUGGUGUGGUUCAGUGGAUUGAGUGCCGGCCUGUGAACCAAAGAGUCGCUGGUUCGAUUCCCAGUCAGUGCCUAGGUUGCGGGCCAGGUCCCCAUUGUGGGGUGCUUGAGAGGCAGCCAUGCACUGAUGUUUUUCUCCCUCUCUUUGUCCCUCCCUUCCUCUCUCUCUGAAAAUAAAUAAAUAAAAUCAUAUUUUCUUUCUCGAAAAUAUGAUUUUCAAGAAAGAUACUCUACAAAAGAAUUCUUUUAUAUAAAAAGUUUUUUUUGUAAUACAUUUAAAGUUUAAAUCGACUCGUAUACAGUGCAGAGUGUUCCUUAUCCCAGGCCAUGAGCCCUUGUGAGAUCUGGGGUCAUGUUUAGCAUUUAACACGGGGCCCAGUAAAUGAUUGUUACUUCUGAGUCAGCUUUUCUAUCUUUCUUUAAUUACCUGUGCCAUGGAAAUAAAUGAUAACAGAGAAAUUAUUGUUAACUGUUUAGUUUGCUAUAACUAUGUCAGCAGCCUGCUAUGGACAAGUCAUUGUUUUAGUUCCACAACAGAAAAGUGCAUGUUGUUUAAAGCAAAGCCCAUUCGUUCCGAGGUGGACUCGUCACUAGUGAAGAUGGGAUUGUUGAAAGGGAUAGAGUAAGAAAGUGGAAAAAAUAGGAGUUGAGCUGGGUUGUUAGAUGUCCUGAGUAGAUUUGUUCACUUAAAUCAUGGUCCAAGUUGUGGGGUGUGUCACGUUUGUAAAAGGUAAAGUGCAUCUUGUAGAGUAAGCUCUUCCACAGGCCGUGGACCUCUGUGUCUGCGGCGCUCCCAGGAACAGCACUCACUAAAAUGCAGAGGGAAAAACAAGCAUCGGUGCUCAAAGGGAGCCGGCAGGUGAUGUGCAGGUGGGGCUGUUGGGUACAGAUUUUCUUCCCUCAGUUUUUUAGAAAGUUGUUCCGGAGUUGGUAUUGUCUUACCCUUUUCAAUAUACGUCCCUUGGCCUGAGUUAAUUAAGCGGAUGGGAAGAAAGGAGUCUGUUUUUUAGUUUCUUGUUAAUGUUCCUUUGACACUUCUGUUAACUCUUCAAGGGAGGAAAACCAGCUAGAAGUUUCCUUUAACAAACAUUUUAAGAAGUCCUUUGGGGUCAGUUUUUUCUCUGAUUUUUUUAAGAAUUAGAAUAUACUCUAACAAUAAAAGGGGAGAUACUAAUAUUAGCUAGGGAAAGAUAUGACUUCAGUGAUUUUUCUAAAAAGCACAGUGUCAUUGAAAAGUGUUUAUUGAAAAGGAAUUCAUAGCUCCCAUGGAAUUUGUGAAGGCCAAAGAAAUUGAAGGGAAUGGUAAAGAAAGAUAUUUUAGUCUUAUAUCAUGUAUUUUGUAGGUUUCUUUAUACCAGAAUACCAGAUAGAAUGUUUUACCAGGAAAGCAUAUUUCAGAUGGCUUACCUUGUUUUUAGCAUUAGAAUUAAGUUUAGAAACUUUAACCCUUAAAUCAGUUUUCUCCCACAAUAUUUAAAGAUUGUUAAUAUAUCAGUAUUUCCUGCUUAACUAAUGGAACCACAUCUUUGACAUGACAACCAAUAGGACUGAUAAUAUUAGCUUCAAGCCAAUAAUAUCCAAGGUUAAAAUAAAAUCAUAAUUAGCAAGACUGUAAAGUUAUAUCAUAUUAAAUUGUAGGUCUAUAAUAGGCUGAUACCAGUGUUAGGGACUAUACCAUAAAUAAUGGCUAGUGAGACAUUUAGGAAAUUCUUGAAUUACCUUUCUUACUAUGCUGGUUUUCAGAAGAAUAUAGAAAUGAUUCUGUUAGCUUUUUUAAUGUUCUGUGAUUGAAUUUUUUUGUUCAAA